CCGCUGCUAUACCUACUGGUCAUAACCUCUACGAGAGCCUAGGGAACAUCAUAGACACCGGUUGUGCAAGCGCGUUGUCCGUGGUACGAGUACGCGCCUUUUGAACCCUGCGAGAGUCUAAACGACAGCCAUCCCCACAACGCUGAUCGGCGCCGACGUGGGACCAUCAGCCAUCAUCGUCGACAGACCUUGUCACAAGCAGCACCACAUCUGACAACUUCGCCACAGGCAGCACUUCGUCAGCAGUCUCGUGCGCCUGCUGCUUGCUGCUCGGCACUUAUCCGACCUUCCCGAAGGUGUCACUUCGAGAUCCACCAGCGUCGUGACGCUUCCCUUCUCUCUUGCAAACAUUGAACUGCACCAAGACAUACAUCAUGUCCUUCUUUCCCGGCCAAGGCUACCAUAACCAACAAGGUCCGCCUCCUCCACAGUACGGGUACGGCAACAAUGGCUACCCGCCGCCGCAACAAUAUCCGCCUCAGCAAUAUGGAGCUCCGAGUCCCCAACCGCCGCCAAACUACGGAUAUGGAGCGCCUCCUCCUCCGCAGCAAUAUAACAACGGACCACCACCUCCCCAAGGCCAUUAUGGUGCGCCUCCCCCAGGAAACUAUGGUGGGCCUCCACCGCCCAUGCAACAGCAAGGAGGAUAUGGCAGACCACCCCCACCUCCCCAGCAACAACAGCAGUUCGGUCACGGCGCGCCGCCUCAGAUGACAUUCCAAUACUCCAACUGUACCGGUCGACGAAAAGCAUUGCUCAUCGGUAUCAACUACUUUGGCCAGCGAGGUCAAUUGCGAGGAUGUAUCAACGAUGUGAAAAACCUGUCGGGAUAUCUAAAUCAGUUUUUCAAUUACAAGAGAGAGGACAUGGUCAUCUUGACCGACGAUCAGCAGAAUCCGAUGAGUCAACCUACAAAGCAGAAUAUUCUCCGUGCGAUGCAUUGGUUGGUCAAGGAUGCGCGACCUAAUGAUUCGCUGUUCUUCCACUACUCUGGGCAUGGAGGUCAGACGAAAGAUUUGGAUGGUGAUGAGGAUGACGGAUACGAUGAGGUGAUUUAUCCUGUGGAUUUCAGGCAGGCGGGACAUAUUGUGGAUGACGAGAUGCAUCGUAUCAUGGUCGCACCUCUUCAACCGGGAGUGAGAUUGACUGCAAUCUUCGACUCCUGUCAUUCUGGCUCAGCUCUCGAUCUGCCAUACAUUUACUCUACACAAGGUGUUCUCAAGGAACCAAACUUGGCCAAAGAAGCUGGGCAAGGUCUCCUCGGCAUCGUUGGAUCCUAUGCCAAAGGCGACAUUGGUGGUAUGCUAUCUACGGCAACUGGUUUCUUCAAGAAGGCGACCAAGGGCGACGAUGUGUAUCAGAAGAACUUGCGCACGAAGACGAGUCCCGCGGAUGUCAUCAUGUGGAGUGGAAGCAAAGACAGUCAGACAUCAUCCGACGCAAGCAUUGGCGGCCAAGCCACUGGCGCCAUGUCGUGGGCCUUUGUCACGGCGCUCAAGAAGAAUCCACAGCAAAGCUACGUCCAGUUAUUGAACAGCAUUCGUGAUGAAUUGGAAGGAAAGUACUCGCAAAAGCCGCAGCUGAGCUGUAGUCACCCUCUUGACACCAACCUGCUCUACGUCAUGUAGAAAUAUCUUCUCACGAAGCCACGAUUACGAUCACGAAGACGGUUGGGAUGAUGCGCCAGGUCCAAGGUUGGAUAGGAAAAUUACUGGGAGCAUCCCACUUGGGUUCGAAGGGUGAGACUACAAUGCUUGAUACCAGGUCAACGAACUUCGUUCUGCAAUUGUUGCGCCACUUGUGGGCAUGUGCUAUGUUUGGCGUUUGCUGGAAAAUUGCGGGCUCUGAGAAUUGUGAAUAAGGAGAGCAGAAUCCUCAGCGUGAAUCGUUGCUAGCUUUCCUCUAGAUUGCGCUUGGAAGAACAGUCCUAUCUCUCAUCUCUUCUCUUUCAACAGUAUACGCUGUUCAUGCGGGUCUGUCGUUUCCACCGUAUGUGGGCCUGAAGGCCUGAGAACGCGCCCUCGACGAUCGACAUAGAACAGAUGUGGGAGAGGAAAUGUGACUGUAAAAUACCUUCAACACAUUCCGGUCGCGAGCGCUGAGCGGAAGCAGAGCAGUGCGUGAGAACAUGGUAUGUGUCCCAGUUGACAAGCUCUUAUGUCGAUGUUAUGCCACAGCGCACUGGAUGAUCGAUCCUCGCAUCCCUCCGCUGCUGCAUAUGGCCCGCUGUCUUCCGCUUGUCUCUUUGCCUGUCAUAGCUUCGACUACUGUCCUUGUCAGAACGAGCCCGCGUGCUUACGGAGUGAUGCUGCAUUUUGGCAUGGCUGAUGAGUGAUCCGAGCAAAGCUGGAGGUGCGAUCGGUUCGGAAUCGGCAUGAUCGGGGUGCGAUAACGUCUUUCCGCAUGGCAGCCACGGUCGUCAAAGUGCACUUCCUUCCAACUGAACUUCAUCGACUUCUCACGAUCUCCAGCGGGCUGGCACUAUAUCGAUCGAAGGCGGGCAGCAAGACAUUCU